ACACUCCCCAAUCCCAUGACAGUCCAUAAUUCCACAACUGCACCAUUCCAUGACCUCCCGCUUCCCUCAGAACCCCUCAUUACGUCAUCCCGCUUCGCCGUGACGUCACGCGCCGCCGGGCCCGCUCCCAGCAGCCCCCGCGCGCAAGAUGGCGGCGCGGGGCGGCGGGCGGUGAGCGAGGGGCGGCAGCGGCCGCGGGCCGACAUGACCUACACGGCCGAGCAGCUGGACGGGGUGCAGCGGAUAAAGCGGUGCCGGGAUUACUACGAGAUCCUGGGCGUGAGCCGGGACGCCGGCGAGGAGGAGCUGAAGCGGGCGUACCGCAGGCUGGCCCUCAAGUUCCACCCCGACAAGAACCGCGCGCCCGGGGCCACCGAGGCCUUCAAAGCAAUAGGCAAUGCUUUUGCAGUUCUGAGCAACCCUGAGAAACGGCUCCGCUACGAUGAACUCAGGAGUGACCACGAGCACGUCAGCACUGGCCAGGCCAGGCACUACAAUUACUACACAGAGUUCGAAGCAGACAUCACACCAGAAGAAAUAUUCAAUGUGUUUUUUGGUGGGCACUUCCCUACAGGGAAUAUCCACAUGUUCUCCAAUGUAGCCAGAGAUGAUCACUAUUACCCACGGAGGCACCGGGCCGAGAGAGCGUGGACACAGGAGCCAGAGGAGGAGGAACACAGGCCACAGAAUUCAUACUCUGCAUUUAUCCAGUUGAUGCCAGUUUUCAUCAUCAUAAUAGUGUCAGUUAUAACCCAGCUGAUGGCCACCAACCCACCCUACAGCUUAUUCUACAAAUCGUCCAUAGGUCACGUUGUGAGCAGAGAAACAGAGAACUUGCAGGUGCCUUACUAUGUUGAUAAAAACUUUGAAAAGAAUUAUCAAGGAGCAGAACUUCAAGAGCUUGAGAAAACAGUUGAGAAAGAUUACAUAGACUAUAUUCAGACCAGCUGCUGGAAGGAGAAACAGCAAAAGUCUGAUUUGUCCAAUUUGGCCAAGCUCUACAGAGAUGAGCGGUUAAAACAGAAAGCAGAGUCCCUGAAACUUGAGCACUGUGAGAAGCUCUCCAGUCUGAUUGGGAUGCAUAAAGGGGGCUGACCAGGACGCACAUGUUCCGUACUUUUAUUUAUUGCUGGUUUAACUUAUGUUUUUAUUUUCCCCAUGUGAAAAGGGAAGGAGUCUGUUGUAAAAAGUGUGGAUGUUGGAGUCCUUCUGCAGGCAGUGCAGGCAGGGGCCGGCACAAGCUGCAGGCUGCUGUUUGCUGUAAUAUAUCCUGUACAUUAGAUUUGGGUCCAAGGACCAGUGGCACUUUGUAAAUUCAUUCCCCAGGCACACUCUGAGCUCGGACCCCAGCUGCGUGGGUGGUUUGUCUGCCAUCCAGGCUGUGUGUGCUUCCCAGGAGAGCAGGCUCCUCUCUGCUUCCCGUGUUUCCUGUGGAUCUGCAGCUCCCUGGAUCCCCAGAUAGCGCCGUGCUCAGGGCAGGGUUACACCUCCCCCUGUCCCUCCGGGCUGUGCGGCAGAGCUGGGGUGGUUCCAGUGCAGGAGGGACAGUCCCUGCCUGAGGGCAGCCCCAGAGCACAUUCCCAGCUCUCCCGUGCCCCUGCUGCUCCAAGGGAGGGCUGUGCCCAUCCUGACACCAGCAUGGGAGUCUGGGAAUUGCACCCAUUCCUGUGUCUGCCAGACUGCUGGGAAAGCAGAGCUGUGGUCAUUCCCUCCUGUUUGCAGUGGCAUAUUUUGAAGCUGGCUAUUCCAUUCUGGUUUUUAUCUGCACACUGCCCCAGCUUUCCCAGGAUCCUGCAUUUUCCAGUACAGUUCUCAUGUAGCAUAUUUUUACUCUGUUGAGCCGCUAUGAAUGUUUCACUGUAGCCAUGGUAUUGCAAAGAGAAAAAUCCAUGUGGCAACGUCCUGUUUUUCCUUGGUCCUCCUUCACGCAGCCAGGCCCUGAAGGGCAGGUUGAUGCUGGGUUGUCCUUGUGAGCAGCAGACCAGUGUUAGGCCAGUGUUAGAGCAGUGUUGCUCAAGUUGAGCGCCAUGAACCCCCCGAGGCAGUCUGGUGUGUGCCCUGCAUGGAAUGAGCUGCUCUUCCAGGGAAUUCCUGCCUGGGGUGGGGGCUCACGGAGCAGCACUGCUCCCCUCUGACCCUGAGAGUGGGAGUCAGUGACACCUGAGCAAGGCUCUGCUGUUGCCACAUGCCUGAAACUCGAGUCACACAGGAUGCACAGGUGGCCUUGGCUGAAACCUAAGGAGUAAAUGCUCAAAAGCUUGGGAAAUGCCAGGAUUAAGCCUGCCUUUAAAGCUCAGACUGUCUGUGUGCUGGGCACUGGUGCAGUGGUGUGGG